AUGAUGUCCACCCCUACUUUUGGGGAUCCUUCGAACGGACACUUAUCGGCUGGCGAUGAAAUCAGCAUGUCUUUUGAUACAGGAGACCACGCAACCGAUAGCGAUUCCCACGAUGCCCCUGAUCACACGCUAGAUCCUCCAUCGCCAACUUCCUCAGACGAUGCGAACCACGACUCCAAUAUGAUACAAGAUGACACACACAUGUCGGCGAGCGAGCAGUCAAGCGAAGACAAUGCAUCUGAUGACGGUGACUUCGACAUGGAGGGGAGCAUCCUGUCUCAGAAUGAGGACGUGAUAGAAGACCGCGCCAGCUCUACUGACUCGACUCGAACCUCAAAACGCAAAGCUCCUGUCGAGGAGGAAGACUACAUUAAAGCCAACCCAGAGCUAUAUGGAUUAAGACGAAGUACACGACCUCGAGAACAACGAAAAAUUGUCGAAUCUGAUGACUCGGACUCAGAGCCACCUGUCAACCGUCGUAUAGUCAAACGACGACGUGUCGAGACCUCACGUCCUUCUUCAAAGAUUGGCACGCCAACGCUACGGGCCUCAACAGCCGAUUCCGAUUCCGACUCAGACAACUAUGGCGGUGCUCGUGCAAAGAGUCUCCAGAAGAAGGCUCGAAUGCAACGCGAGGCGCAGCCAGAUCUCGCCCUGGCCGAAAAGCGCUGGUCGAGUCGUCGAGCUGCACAGAUACAACAAGGAGCCUACGAGGAAAGUGAUGUCGAUGAAGAUGAGGAAGAUGACGAUGACGAACUCGGCCUCGUCUCAUACACAGUGGACUACGUGGAUGACUCGCCAUACAUAGAAAAGGUUGUUCGACAUCGUCUAAAAGACGGGUUGGAAUUGUCUUACAACUCAACCAAGAACGACUUUGAGUACUUUAUCAAGUGGCAAGGCAAAUCACAUCUGCAUGAUACAUGGGAGACCUUCGACGAUAUUCGUGGCUACCGUGGUCAUCGCAAAGUCGAGAAUUACUUUAAGAAAUUUGUCGACUACGAACUAGCCAUUCGCUUCGGCACAGACAUUCCUCCCGAGACCAAAGAGCAGUUCUUUCUUGACCGCGAGCGAGAUGAAGAGGCAUAUGAGGACUACACAAAGGUCGAGCGAGUUGUGGCCGUACGCGAUGGUGACGAUGGCACUGAGUACCUGGUCAAAUGGAAGGGCCUCACCUACGAGGAGUGCACUUGGGAAAUCACAUCCGACAUCAGUGACGCGUUCCAAGAUCAAAUUGACCAGUAUCUCGACCGAGCAUCUCGAUCCUGGCAGUCGGACCGCAAGGAGACAAACCCCGAAACGCGAUCACGUAUGGUCAAGCUUGAGGAACAGCCAGACUUCAUUAAAAACGGCGAACUUCGCAACUUCCAGCUGAGAGGUCUUAACUUCCUCUGCCUCAAUUGGACCAAAGGUAACAACGUGAUCCUGGCAGAUGAGAUGGGCUUGGGAAAAACAGUCCAGACUGUAUCUUUCUUGAGUUGGCUUCGCAACGCUCGCCAUCAAGAGGGCCCAUCGCUUGUGGUUGCUCCACUCAGUGUCAUUCCUGCUUGGUGCGAUACCUUCAACCACUGGUCUCCUGAUCUCAACUACGUUGUUUAUCUGGGACCUGAGGAUGCUCGAAACAUCAUUCGCGAGCAUGAGCUACUUGUGGAUGGCAACCCCAAGAAGCCCAAGUUCAACAUUUUGGUCACGUCUUAUGAGUUUAUCCUCCAGGAUUGGCAAUUCCUACAGUCCAUCAAGUGGCAAACACUCGCCGUUGAUGAGGCACACCGACUCAAGAACCGCGAGUCACAACUUUACAACCGCCUGGUGAACUUCGGCAUCCCUUGCAAAGUUUUGAUCACGGGUACGCCUAUUCAAAACAACUUGGCAGAACUAUCAGCUCUGCUCGACUUCUUGAACCCUGGCAAGGUCGACAUCGAUGAGGAUCUCGACUCUCUUUCUGCCAAUGACGCACAGGAGAAACUACAGCAACUGCACAAGGCCAUUGCACCCUACAUUCUUCGAAGAACCAAAGAAACUGUGGAAUCAGAUCUGCCACCAAAGACAGAGAAGAUCAUUCGUGUUGAGCUGUCGGACGUACAGCUUGAUUAUUACAAGAACAUCUUGACCCGUAACUACUCAGCCCUUUGUGACGCUACCAAUGGUCACAAAAACUCCCUCCUCAAUAUCAUGAUGGAGCUGAAAAAGAUCAGUAACCAUCCUUACAUGUUCCCAGGUGCCGAAGAGAAGGUACUGGCCGGCAGCGUGCGCAGAGAGGACCAGAUCAAGGGCUUGAUUGCGAGCAGUGGAAAGAUGAUGUUGCUUGACCAACUUCUGUCAAAGUUGAACAAGGAUGGGCACAGAGUUCUGAUCUUCAGCCAGAUGGUCAAGAUGCUUGACAUUCUUGGUGAUUACUGCUCCUUGCGAGGCUACAAGUUCCAAAGACUGGAUGGUACCAUUGCGGCUGGUCCUCGACGCAUGGCCAUCAACCAUUUCAACGCAGACGACAGUGAUGAUUUCUGCUUCCUUCUCUCCACACGAGCAGGUGGUCUUGGAAUCAAUUUGAUGACAGCAGAUACGGUUAUCAUUUUUGAUUCUGAUUGGAACCCACAAGCUGAUUUGCAAGCUAUGGCUCGUGCGCAUCGUAUCGGCCAGAAACGACCCGUCAACAUUUAUCGCCUCGUAUCCAAGGAAACAGUUGAGGAGGAGGUUCUUGAGCGAGCUCGUAACAAGCUUCUUCUCGAGUAUCUGACCAUCCAGGCCGGCGUCACCGAUGAUGGUAAGGCGGCAUUCAAGGAAGAAUUGAACAAGAAGGGUCUGAGAGUUGAGGGCCCUUCGUCCUCAGAAGAUAUUCAAAUGGUGUUGAAGAUGCGUUCGUCCAAGAUGUUUGAGCAGAGCGGCAACCAAGAACGUCUUGAACAGCUCGAUAUUGACUCCAUCCUUGAGAACGCCGAAAUCACAAAGACAAAGGUAGAUGACAAGAUUAACCUCAGUAGUGGUGGCAUCGAUUGGGACAACUUCAUGCAGAUCACUGAUGUCAAGGUGGAUGAUAUCAAUCUUGAUUGGGAUCAGAUCAUCCCAGCCGAUAAGCUCGCUGAGAUCAAGGCUGAAGAGGAAAAGAAGCAACAUGAAGCCUACGUUGCCAAGGUUGCAGCUGAAAGCGCACCGCGACGGGCUACGAUCAAGAACCGCCACAACGAAAAUGAUCGUGCUGAUCGUCUCAAGAAACGUCAGAGGGAACAGCGAGACAAAGAGGACGAUGACAACAGACGAAUCUUGCUUGCCGACCCCAAACGUCCUUUGACUGACAAGGAGCAACGUGGUCUUAUCAAGGCCUACUUCCGAUAUGGUUCGAUGGACGACCGCGGCGAUGAGAUUAUCAAAGAUGCCAAGCUCAAGGAGAGAGACCAAGACUAUGUCAAGUCCGUCCUCGAUGAGUUUAUCAAGGCAGCCAAGGAAGCCGUUGAUGAAAACCUUGCUCAAAUGGUGGAAGAAGAGAAGAGAUUAGGGAAAACGCUCACGAAGAAGGAUCGAAAGGCAGUUCUAAUCGACUUUGGCGACUUGAAGAAGGUGAAUGCUGAGACGGCUAUUGAACGUCCCAAACAGCUUCAGCUCCUUCGACAGGCUAUCCGUAGCCAUAGUGACUGGCACUCGUUCCGCCUUCCUGAUGCGACAAAGGCAGCCAACUAUUCCUGUGCUUGGGGUGCCAAAGAGGAUGCUAUGCUCUUGAUUGGCAUUGACAGACAUGGCUUUGGUGCCUGGCCGCAGAUUCGUGAUGACCCUGAUCUGGACAUGACGGAGAAGCUCUUCCUCGAAGAACAUCGUGUUGAGAAGAAGGAAGAACGCAGCAAGGGCAAUGAUAAGAUGAAGGCCCCUGGUGCAGUGCACCUUGUUCGUCGCUCGGAGUACCUGCUAUCCGUUCUGCAAGCGAAGCAUUCAAACGAUCGAGGCGUGCAACGCGCCGUGGAGAACCAUCACCGCAACAACAAGAAGUCACUUGCCAAUGGCCACCGGGGAAGUGCUACGGCAUCUCCUGCACCUCACAACGGAAAGAAGCAUCGUGAUCGUGAUCGUGAUCGUGAUAGGGAGCAUCUUCACGGGGACCCCCACCGAUCCCGUGGCCAUGCCGACGAACGUGGCACUCCACGACCCGACUACAAGCGGAAACACCUAUCGCAUGAAGAUAGCCGCAGCCCUAAGCAUCGUCGCAUCGAAGAGCAUCGCCGGACCAGCAAGCAUGGUGAUGACAGAGACAGAUCGGAGAAGCGCCGCUACCGCGAUGAUGAUGACCGGCGUGAUGACCGGCGUGAUGACCGGCGUGAUGACCGGCGUGAUGACCGACGAGCUGACAAGCAUCGUCUUAGCCACAACCAUCGUGAUGAUCGCCGGGACGAUCGACGUGAUGACCGACGCGACGACCGCCGAGACGAUCGUCGAGAUGACCGCCGUGAUGACCGACGUGACGAUCGUCGCGAUGACCGACGCGAUGACCGACGUGAUGACCGACGCGAUGACCGUAGAGACGAGCGUCGAGAUGAUCGUCGAGACGACCGUCGACUUGACCGACAUCGCGAAGACCGUGAUAGAGAACGUGAGCGCGAACGGGCUCAAGACUCGUACCCCCAGGAUGAGCGCCGAGCCAAGGCUCUUCGACGGCUGGAUGAGCUUCGCCGCAUUGGCGACAACAAGGAUCAACGAGCACAAGACAAUGAUGCCAUGAUAUGGUUCUUAUUGAAACCAGUCCGCGAAAACUUUGAGAGAAUUCUCUCUACUACUAAGGACAACGUCAAGUCUAGUAAGGAGCGGGCGAACAUAUUUAAGGUCGAGUUGGUCGUUAUAGGCACGUUUCUCGAUGAAAAAUUGGCGGCCACUGCUGCUGACGAGGGUCUCAAGAGUAAUUUCUGGGACUUUUUAGCAGCCUUAUGGCCCGUGGACGAUACAAGCAAGAGUGUCACUGGAAAACGACUGAGCAACAUGUAUCGCACUCUACACUCUCGAGACAAGGAACCUGGUUCGGCCAAGACCAAUGGUGUAUAA